AUGUCGUUGCGCAAUCUCUUUUCAUCUUCCUCAAGCUCACAAUCAAAACCGACUCCAUUUCUUACCUUCAUCGGACCAUCUCCAUCAUCGUCCUCACUCUCAUCUCUCUUCUCUUCGGCAAACACUGCCAGCACAAUUUCCAUCUACAACGCCGACACAAACACUACGAUACCUGUCUUCACCGUCUACACCUCCAAACAUACCAAGCCGAACCUCGUCAUCAACCGUAUUUUACCCAACAACGCCGAAGCGCCAUUCGCAACUGGCACCUUCUCUUCCAUGUCUGGUAAUAUAGCCAUAUCGCUCUACAGUCGCACAGGUCAAGAAAUACCAAUCACGAUGGAGUCAGAUUGGGCCAGUGCAAGCUCUCGCACGUUUCAGUCGUCGAUGGGCAAUUUCAGGUGGAAGCACCAAGAUAGUGGAUUGGGAUACAAGAUGGUUACUGAUGAUCAGGAGAGGAGGAAGCUAGCGACUUGGCAGGAGAUGAGUGGUUCUGGCUCAACGACAGGCUAUCCCAGGCUCGAGUUUUAUGUGCAGCCUGCGAGUGACGAGUUUGUCGAGAUGGUGCUUGCUACUGGAUUGGCGGCGAUGAAGGCAGAUGAGAAGGAGGCUAAGCAGGUUGGUAAUAUCUUCGAAGCUUUGGCCGGAGCGUAG